GCAGAAUAUAGAUAACGUGUGGGAUAUAUAAGCAUAGGCAGACAGGCUUUCUUUUCUUGUGGAUAGAUUCAUGCAAGAUGAUAAGGACCUGUCUUUGCCUUGUUGGAAUUAUAGCUGUGUCCGCUCAUCCAGAAUAUAGGAAUCUAAUUCCUAAUGGAUAUGCAGUGCACAACCCCUGUGGUUCAUUUUUCUGGGAGCCUGUGGGCCAUUAUGACCCUAGUCAUCACACGAUAGACAAAAACCCAUUUGGCAGGGCCUUUUCCGCUGCUGGGCAUACGUGGACUGCUGCUCUUUGUCAAGCCGAUUCAGAUGGCGAUGGUAAAAGCAAUGGUGAAGAGCUAGGCGAUCCUAAUUGUACGUGGACUGUGGGUGGAACACCUGACGGCAAAUCUACAGGUCAACCAGGUAUCUGUGAGCCUGUUGGUUCUGGUGCCUGUGCCUCAGUCGGUUUCUAUUGUGGUUGUCAUGGACAUAGUUGUCUUGGUUAAAUACAUUAAUAAAGUGGUGUGUAGAUCAUGUCAAAAAAAAAAAAAAAAAAAAAGAGCUUAGUAUCUUUAGUAAUAUUUGUGAAAUAGAUAUCAUGUUAGUGCACAUGAGAAAUUACCAGCAGAUUUUAAGUACAAGCAUGCAUCGUCAUAUCAGAAACCUCGAUCUGUUUGAUCGUUUGACCUCUGUAAAAGUGUCCUAGCAGAUAACAGAUAUAGAACGAUAUAUGCUGAAAAGAAUGAAAGUAAGGAAAGGUAGAUGGAAAUACGAGGCGGAUUAAUAAAUCUAAAUCUGCGGCGUACAACAAAAUUAGAGAAAACACCAUGUAUGAUAUAGUAUGUAUGUGUGUUUAAUCAGAAAAACAUGUUAUUUCUGUUUACAACAUGUGAUUAACAAAAUACAAAGAUGUGACAACAGCAGAUGGUGGUGGAUGGACAGUUUUUAAAUCAACCAAAAACUUAACAAAUACACGAAGAUAUUUAACUAUUUCUAAGAAAUCAAUUACCAUUUCUCUUAAACGCAUUUGUCAAAAUUUUUCCUACAUUUUGCAAUUCUUUCACAUUAUUGGUACUUAGUAAUUGUAUAAGUUUGAAAGUUGAGGGUCUGAACCAGUAAUAUUUUAAAAUAAAUUCGUUUCUCAAAUCUGAAUAUAAAAGACACUUCAAUACAAAAUGGUAUUCAUCUUCUCAUUCAUUACAGGGCGUGCAUACUCGUUCAGAUUGUGGUAUAUUCCAGUGCCUACCCUUUUCAAUUUUCAAAGAGUGUGCAGAUAGUCUUAGCCUGCUGAUAUUUUUUCUUUGUUCUAUAGAAAGUUUCUUUGCUAGAUAAAGCUGAAGUGUAAAAUUG